UUUAGCUGCAACUCCACCCUGCGCUGGUGGAGAAGGGAUCAGUUCCCAGUGAUCGCAGGAAAGGGAGGUCACGGGGUUUGCUUGAUUAAAUCACCACAAGCCAAAAGGUUCUUUCUCCUGCUCACUGAGAAUUGCUCACGGUCUGUUUAAUUUGUUCCAAAAAGAAGAGCAAGACAAAAAAAAACAAACCCCAAGCCCAAGAAGCAACAGCACACCGGGAAAAGCAGGUGUGUCUCGAGAUCCUGGGAAAACAAAGGGCAGAGGCUGAGGCAGGAGGUGACACUUGGAUGGGAAGUUUCCAUCCCAGCGCAAGAGGACAAGUUUGGAAAAGACUCGGACAGGACCAGCACUUGUUGCCCCACAGGUGUGACAAGCCAGGCCCUCAGAAAGGAAACACCCUCUGUCCAGAGUGGGAUUGUACAAACUCCAAAAGGCUGAACCUACACUACUUACAGGAGCUUCCUACACAGCCAGCUGCACUUGCAGUAAUAACAGGAAAAAAUUCAAGAGGUUAAUAAAAUGAAAUGAGCAGGAAGCAUGCAGUCAUCAGACUUUCUAGUACUUUAGUCUAUAGAGGAGUACCUGGCAAGUUCCUCCUUCCCCAGUACUCCCACAGUGCUGAGCUUCAAAUAUCGUGUUGAGUUACUUCUCACUGCAAAUUAGGCCUGCACCCCAUUGCAGAUGCUCCAAAAAGCACAAGGAGAAGAAGAGAAGGUUCAUGGGCACAUCCCUUCUUCCAUCCCAGUUGUCAGAGGUCAGUAUCCAGGUGAAGUCCCACUCCAGAUGGAUCUCUCUUGGAACCACAUUUGGUGAGAAAAGUCAUAAAUGGUGACUUCUGGGCAUCUACCUUGGUGUUAUCAAGUGCAUGCUUGGCUACAAAUUCCUUGCCAUCCUCUUCCAGUUCACGAGGCUGCACAGCAAAGUCACCAGGAAAAAUGCUGCCCCCAACCACCACAGUUCUCCACUGCCUGUUCCUGCUGGUCUCAGCCUGCUGCCAGAAACCACAGGGCUCAAACUUCUAUCCAUUCUCCUAUGUAAUUGACAGCACGCUAGGGCAGGAAAGCUUCUACCCAGAGAUGCAAAGGCAGAAGCGAAACAUGCUUAUUCUUGACCUCCCCCUUCCGGAGUACACUGUUGACAUUGAAGUAAGCCUGCAGGAUUCAUCUUACCUGGAGCCAAUCAAAGACUAUUUCAAAAACAUCAAUCUUCCAAUUAACAUUUCAAAUGUACAAACAACAGUUUCAAACAUCAACAUUACAACAGUCUGCCUGCCCAGUGGUGAGAACAGCAGCUGCUGCUUCUGUGAGAAUGGAUAUGCCUGGCCAAGCACAGUGUGCAGUGAUGUGAUGCCCUGCCCUUCUCUGAGCCUGGAGCUGGCCCUGCCCUGUGGCUACAUGCAGAAAAUGCCUUUCCAUGGACCCUACUGUGAGCCCCAGACUGAGGAGUCAUGCGGUAUGGGAGAGCCCAUUGUAAUGAAUAUGUCAGUCAGACUUGACUCACCCUUCCAGGAUGAUCUCAAGGAUUCUUCUUCUGUGUUAUACCAAAAAUACAAAGUGGACCUUGAAAAAGCGUUUAAUGCCAGCUACAGAUGUUUACCAGGUUUUGUAUUGGCAACAGUAACAGGUUUCAGCCCUGGAAGUGUUUUUGUGAACUAUGAAGUAAGAACAGGAGCAGCAAGCUUCACUCAGGUUGGAGAUUCCAACAGAGCUGUACCGCAGUUUCUGGAUUCGUCAUACCAACUAAACCCUUUUACCUUCACAAGAAUAAUCACUAAUCAGACAAACUUCACCAUGAAACCUUUGAACAUUUUUGAAGGGGACACAGUAAGACUGACCUGUGAGGUAAAUUCAACAUUUGCCAAUGCGACCUGGUAUCACUUUGGCCACGCCAUCUCAACCGGCUCCCGAUAUUCAAUAGAGACAGUUUUAGCAACCAGAAGAUCAAUUCUUAAAAUUACCAACGUGACAUCAAAGGAUUCUGGUUCCUAUAGCUGCAUGUUCAUAAUGAGCAGUCAGUAUCACACAGAGAUACACAACAGCACAGAAACAAUAUCUGUCUUUCCGCUAAACAUCACUCCAAACUUUGAGGAUGUCACUGUCACAUGUAACAGUCCUGAAGUGCAAGCAAAGCGUCUUCUGCUGUCCUGUUGCAUUGACAGACAAUUGAAAUCGCUUAAGGUUUCCUGGAAAGUAAAUGGAACAAUCAACAUUACAGGAGCACCCAGCUUUAGUGGAAACUGCGCUGAAUACCAGCUCAACAUCAAUGAGUCCCAGUGCCCACCUGAGAUGUCAGGUGCAGUGACCACAUACACGUGUGAGCUGGAGACUGGACACGGAGCCAGGCGCACUCGGAGCAUCAGAGUGACGUACCUGCGGAAAGCCCACAUAACAAUAUCUUCAAGCACAAACUCAACAGUUUCCGAGGGAUACGGGUUCAAUGUAACAUGCAAAAGUGAUGUGAGCAAUUAUGACAGCAUCAGUUGGAAAAUCCAGUCUGGAAGUGACACAAAAACAGUAGACUGUGAUAUGUGCAUCAAAAAUAGCAAAUUCCCAGCCACGUCUGUGCUCACAGUGAAGUCUGCCUCGCCAGACUGGAGAGGCACCUACACCUGCACAUUCUCACAGAAAAACCUGGACAGUUCUGCCAAUGUGACCAUCGAGGUGAUUUCCUUGCCCCUGAAGCAGAACAUCCUGAUAGAUCCCAUCGCAACAUCGAUACAGUGCAAAGUGCCACUUGCCCUGGAGUGCUGCAUAAGAGCAAAGACCGUGAGAGACUACAGGGUUACAUUUUGGGUUCAGCAAAAUGAAUUUCAAGUUGAGAAAAAGAAAAAAGGCAAUUUGCUUUGCUACAUGUACAAUCACACGGAAAAUGAAUGUAAUGAAGAUAAAGAUUUCGUGGCAUAUUGCAAGUUUAUCAACCGCAUUGGAAAGGAAGUUGACAGUGAGCAUAUAAGACUGCACUUGAUACCUGCUAAGAAAAUUUCCUGCUCAGACAGAUUGGGCAUUGGAACAGAAAGCUCCAUAUUAAUAAAGCCAUGCUGUGAUGUGCAAAAUCCAAAAGGUUUUACUCGAGGCAAUACAACUUACCACUGCAUCAACAGCUCGUGGAAGGUUGCAAGGAAUGACUGCCUGUCUGGACCAAUAAAUGACCUGCUGAGUAAUGCUGAGUCCUUGGCCAACAGCCCCGAGGCAAAAGCACAGCUACCCUCCUACCUUGAACAGCUUGUGAAACAGACAAAAAAGGAGCUAACCACAAUAAACCAUUCUUCAGCAAACCUAGGUGCAAUUGUUACCAUCCUGGAUAUAAUCUCCUCUAUCCCAGCAGAGGCAGAGGCGCUCACUAUGCAGAAUUUCCUAUCCACAGUGGACUUAAUUGUUGGUGAUUCCACAACUGAAGCUUGGGAAGGCAUGAAUGAAGAGAAGACACGACAAAGUUCUUUGUUACUGCAGUCAGUAGAAAAUUUUGCCCUGCAACUCCAACCAGUUAAUAACACCAUUCCUUCUGUCUGUGCAAACACUGUGCAGCUCAAAGGGAUAGUUGUCAAGGAAAAUAAGACAGAUUAUAACAAGGACUUCCACAGUACAGGAAACCUCACAGUCCAAGUGCUCAUUAGUGAAACCGAAAUCCAAACUCUAACCCAAAAUUCAACCAUUGUCAGUGUGAUGUACUCAAAACUUGGACAUAUUUUGCCCCAGAAUACAUUUGAAUAUGUGAACGGUUUAUUGAUAACAACAACUUUGAGCAGCAACAGAAGCCAGAAGUUUGAGGUUAAUAUGACAUUUGCAAAGAAAGACUUGUCUCUAAAGAUGCCCAAGUGUGUCUUUUGGAACUUCACACUCAACAGUCACAGAGGGGACUGGGAUACUCGUGGCUGCACACCCACAGAGUUCGGAGAUUAUGUCAUUUGCUCCUGCAAUCACUUGACAUCAUUCUCCAUCCUGAUGUCACCUGAUAUAUCCUCUGAGCUAGACUUUGAAGUUUAUAUUUCCUACAUUGGCCUGGCCAUUUCAAUCGUGAGCUUGGUGGUCUGCAUCAUAAUUGAGUCCUUGGUCUGGAAGUACGUGACAAACAACACAACCUCCUACAUGCGCCACGUCUGUAUUCUCAACAUUGCUACAUCCCUGCUGUUUGCUGACGUUUGGUUCAUUGUCACUGCCACCAUCACUGAUCAAAACCAGCAGAUGAGCAGAGACAUCUGUAUCAUGGCCACCUUCUUCAUCCAUUUUUUCUACCUGUGUGUCUUUUUCUGGAUGCUGAGCCUGGGCCUCAUCCUUUUCUACAGACUGGUGUUCAUCUUACACAACACGAGUAAGACGGCUCAGAAGGCGGUGGCAUUCUGCCUCGGAUACGUGUGCCCCUUCAUCAUUGCAGUCACCACCAUGGCUGUCACACUGCCAAAGAACAGUUACACGAGAAAGGAUGUCUGCUGGCUCAACUGGAAGGACAGCAAAGCUCUCCUGGCCUUUGUCAUACCUGCCUUGAUCAUCGUGGCCACAAACUUGUUCAUUGCCGCAGUUGUUAUAAUAAAAAUUCUGAGGCCAACAAUUGGGGAUAGGUCAAGUGGGCAGGAGAGGAAAUCUCUGUUUCAAAUUGGUAAAAGUGUGGCCAUCCUGACACCACUGUUAGGCCUCACCUGGGGUUUAGGCCUUGCCACCAUCAUCAAAAACAGUCAUCGAGCUUUCCACAUCCUCUUUAGUCUGCUCAAUGUUUUGCAGGGAUUAUUCAUUUUGGUGUUUGGGACUCUCUGGGAUAAGAAGAUACAAGAAGCCCUGUUGAAGAGGAAUUCAUCAUCCAAAUGGAGUUCACAGCAAUCAAAGUCAUCCUCCCUGAUCCUGGUGACACCAAUGCUUGCUAUGAGCUACCCAUUUUCAAGAACCUUCAACAACUUAUGUGGAAAAACAGGCAAAUACAGAGUAUCUUCUUCAGAGCCAUCCACCUCUUCCACUGAAAAUACUUCCAAGGCAUAUUCCUUGCUUAACUGAACACUGCCAAUGCUAAAUCAUGUCACUCUGAAGGACCUCUUCUAAGACACAACAAAAAGUACCUGGGAGUCACCAGGAAGCGGACUGCUUCAUUUUGACUAAACUGUGUCUGGGUGAAUUCUUCUGGAAUAAUCAUUGCUGAUUAAUGUGUAAGGCCAGGAAGCUGAGAGAAGUGGAAUUUUACAAGGUCUGCCAAUCCCAGAAGAGAUGUCAAGGAUUUGAAGGCCUUCAUGCGCAAGAAAGGACAUUGGGAGUGAAGAAUACUCAGCCCUUCAGUGGGUGCUUAGCACUAUGCAGUACUGAGAUGUGAAUUACAGUGCUUCACUCAGUUGCUGUCCAGUGGAUUUGGUAUUUCCCCUAUCAACUCUCCAAAUGACCCCAAAGGCCUGUGUAGGUACACAAAUACCUCACAGCUCCUCUCCUUCCCUCAUAUUAGAGCCUGGAAAGGCUGUAGUGCUUUCCACUUUCUAUUUAAAACUUUCUGGGACCAAAAACUCCCAACUGAGAAGGCCCAUUUCAGAUCUUCACUUUUGACUUACAUAAAAUGAAGACUGUGAUGAUUCCUGCGUGGUCUUCUUUCAGAUGGAAAGACUGAAAGCUCCAUGUGUCACUUUUUUGAAGAAAAGGAAACUUUAUGCCCUUAACAAUAUUUUUCUUUCCCUUGAUAUGUAAUGUGGUAGGACAGAGAUGGUUGCUGCCCUCUGCCACAGAGGGGACUGCAUUUAUUUAAUGCAUAAUAGUGUUAAGAAUGCAAGGAGUGCCUUGUGUAAAGUCUGUAUGUUUGGGUCUUCUCUCAGAGGAGAAACACACUUGAAGGACUCAGAGAAUAAGCUCUGUAGUGAAUAUAAUCACCAUGUGCCAGGCAGGAUGAAUGGUUUUAUAUAAAUUAUUGCUCUAAUACUACAUUUGUGGAACUAUUUAUUUCAAACCUAUACACCUUUAAAGGCAGGACUCGUGUCUUUAAAAGAACUUGAAAAGUAUUUAUAAUGCACACAAAUAUUACCAAAUUUAAUGUACAGUAUGGCAGAAUCAUGAAGAUUUAGAUUUGAGGUCAGUAUCAAAUACUGCAGGUAUGUACAGGUGGUACAGUUCUGCUUGAUUGUCAGGGAAUCAGCCUGUGUUUGCCAAUGGUGAACCUGUUCCUGCAAGUUUGGGGUGAAUCUGGAUGGGAAACUGUUCUCUACAAUUAAAAGAAAUUAUGAUGGUUUGGUAUAGGCAAGGUGGUAUUGGCAAGAGUUUAUGAAUUCUGUGUAAUAGCUAAUUGGUGUAAGUAAACCAGCACAGCCCCAGGGAAAGUGAGUGAUGAUGUACUGCGUUACACAAGUAUCUGUACCCUUUAAAACUCUUGAGCAAUUUUUGUAGGAAUGUUUCCAGAAUCUUAAUACAUGUGUUUUGCUGUGAUUGUUAA